AUGUCUGCACUUCACUCAGCUGCCAACUCUCUCUUGUCUCUCGCCAACACCGCCGAUAUUGUCAACAACAGCAACGAAAUGAACAUGACCAUCAUGACCAUGGCCCCAGCACCCAAGCAACAAAAGACCGCCUCGGCUGCGGUCCCCAGGAGUGGCCAGGAUGCGCCUCGCCCAUAUAAAUGCCACAUCUGCCCAAAGUCGUUCCACCGUCUCGAGCACCAGACCCGUCACAUCAGGACCCACACCGGAGAGCGCCCCCAUCAGUGCUCCUUCUCCACCUGCCAGAAGCGCUUCUCGCGCUCGGACGAAUUGACUCGCCACAUGCGCAUCCACUCGACCACCAAAGCCAAGAAGGAGCGUUCGACCGCACCCCCCUGCCACAUUUCGAUCAAGCCCUUCAUGAAGGUCGUCAUGGUCGCCUUUGACAAAACCUCGUCGUCUUCUACCUCUACACCUUCUCGUUCGCCUUCGCCUAUCAAGUCGUCAUCAUCUCAGCAGCGUCAACACCACCUCAACAACCGCCCAUCGCCUUACCCAUCGAUGGCACACGCCCACAAGGAGUACUCUCCCCCCAUGAUGAUGGCGCCCUCACCCCCGCUCACCAACGGCUCGGCCUCUCCAGCAUCUCAGACCAUGUCCGACUCGGAAUCCGACGCCUCCUCUUCGCCUCUCUUCACGCCUGAGUCGUCGCCCGUGCCCCACCACCACGUCUACCAUGGACACUACCCUCAACAGCAGUACAACAACCAGCAGCCCCCAAUGCAGUUCCAGUUCCAGAACACGACCAGCAGCAACUUUUUCUCACUCCCCCCCAGCCCCAAGGCAUCCCCUGCCUCGACUGCGACCACCAUGUUGCCUCCUCCCGUCUUGGCGCCCUUCCGUCCUUCCCAGGGCGUGACCCUGCCUCCUAUCUCGGCCAUCAUGAGCACAUUGUUCAUCUGA